AUGACACCUACUCCCACCUAUCUACCCCCGGCAGGGUUGUGGACACCCCUGGACGAAUUCAGAGCGUGCGUGAACCAGAAGUACAAUCUACGCCUGACUACCUACGCCGAUCUGCAUGCAUUUUCUGUGAGUCGACUGAACGACUUCUGGAUGACCCUGUGGGACUUUUCAGGCAUAAAAGCAUCAGUGCAUCCAGUGAAGGCUAUAGACGAUGAUGCUAUCAUCGACCACUUUCCACUUUUCUUUGAAGACGCGAGAUUGAACUUCAGCGAGAACAUUUUUGCAGGCAAGGGAAACGGUCUAGCGAUCAUCAACAUGAACGAAAGCAACAUGACCAAGCCUGAGCAUUUCUCAUACCAGGAUUUGCGGGAACUCGUGCGAAAAUAUGCCGAUGCUUUGAAGUCAUCUGGUCUCAAGAAGGGGGAAGUUGUCGCGCUUAUCGGGUCAAACUGUAUACGUUCGCUUGCCCUUUUGCUGGCAACCGCGGCAAUAGGAGGCAUAUUUAGCUCUUUUGCGACCGAUAUGGGAGGCAAGGCACUUGAUGAUCGACUUCAGUUGUUGAAACCCCGUUUGCUGAUAGCGGAAUCUACAUAUUCUUACAAUGGAAAGAGACACGACAUCUCGGGCAAAUUGGACCUAUCCAUCGAGAAACUUCAACCGACCGGCAGUUGUGAGGCCAUCAUUAUCGGUGCGCUGCAGCGGCUGGAAUCAAAAUGGUAUGUAGUUCAUGGCCUAGCAACCAUUGAAGUGCACGAAUACCUAACGCGACCCAGUAUUUCGUUCGAUGUCUUUCUCGCGCGUGCCACGGGCAGGGAGCUGGAAUUUGAGCAAGUUCCCUUCAACACACCAUUUGUGGUCAUGUUCUCGUCAGGGACCACAGGAACGCCCAAGGGCAUCGUCCAUUCGCAAGGAGCGCUCGUGAUGAACGGCAUGAAGGAAUAUCUUCUCCACAACAACCUUGGACCAGAAGAUUUACACUACCAGUACACGAAUAUCGGAUGGACCUUGUGGAACAUAUCGAUUGGGGCUUUGUUCGUGGGUUCCAGCAUGAUCCUGUACGAUGGUAGCCCAUUCUACCCGUCUACGGAGAGAUUCCUGGAAAUGUUGUUCCAACACAGGAUUACCUCUUUCGGAGCUGGGCCUCGCUAUUAUUCAGAACUUCAAAACCUGGAUGUGAAGCCCAACAAAUACGCUCGUUCCCUGCAUUCCAUAAUAUCGACUGGAGCUGUUCUCACACCUCCUCUCGCUCGGUGGCUCGCGGAGGCCUUUGGUCCGGUCUGCCAGAUCUCCAUGUCUGGGGGUACCGAGCUCUGUGGUGCUUUUCUGCACGGCACCCGCUCCUUGCCGUCUCAUCCUGGAGAGAUGACGGUCAAGGCGUUGGGACUCGAUGUUGCCGUGUUCUCUGCGAAUGGGAAGCCUCUCCCGGACGGGGAGAGCGGCGAGUUAGUCUGUCGAAAGCCAUUUCCAAACAUGCCGGUCAUGUUCUGGAAGGAUCCGGAGCGCAAGCGGUACUAUGGCUCGUACUUUACCAGAUUUCCACAUGUUUGGACUCACGGAGACUUUAUCCAGGUUCACCGAGAAACAAAGGGGAUUUAUGUCCUCGGGAGGAGCGACGGGGUACUCAAUCCCUCAGGUGUACGCUUUGGCAGUUCCGAGAUCUACAACGUUCUCGCGGCGCCAAAAUUUAACGGCCGCAUUGCCGAUGCCAUCGUCGUCGGUCAGCAACGAAUCACACCACCUUAUUCAGAUCCGGCCGAACGCGUGGUCCUCUUCCUCAAAUGUACUCCGCAGGCCAGUACCGGGACGUUGCGUCCUUGUUCCCAAAUCGAGGCGGCGAUUCGGGAACAGAUCGCGAACGACCUCAGCCGAAGGCAUGUUCCGGCUUUCAUCUUCGAGACCAAGGAAGUGCCAUACAAUGCUAAUGGGAAGAAGCUGGAGAUCCAGGUCAAGGCGGUGCUGUGUGGGGGUAAGCAAGCAUUUGCUAAAUUGAAGCUGACUCAGGAGGAGUUCAGACAGAUCAAGUGGUUUGAGAGGUUCUAUGAGAUCGAGAAGGUGGUGAUGAACCUGAAGAAAGGAGGCGCGAAACUGUGA